AUGUUUGAUAAGAGUGAGUUUGAGAAAAUGCAGCAUAACCGUGGUCGAGAAAAUGUGGAGUUGCCGAAACUUCCCCCAUUGGAUACGAGGAGCCCAUUUCUAGAUUUUAGGGAAUCUUUUGACCGAGACGUCUCCAUUGGAUGGACCCCAGUGGAAGAGCGAGUACCGAACUCCCGGCAGAUCUUUAAUCGAAACAGUGCUGAUCGAAACAAUAAGGAAUUGCCUCAGACUCCAUCGCAGGGCUCUUCUGGAGACUCUGUAUGGCGAACGCCAUCAACAGUCUCAAAUUCUUCGAGGAAACAUCUUGCAAGAAAGCCGCCACCGCCGCCAAGACCUCAAGUUGAAACUCCGUCAACGCCGUUUCAUGAUCACCAUCCCAAGCCUUACAGGUCUCCUUUCGUUGGUGAGGAAGACGUACAGCGGGUCGUAUCCAAAGAACAGAACUACCAUUAUAGGUCGCCCUUUGUGGGAGAGUCAGUGCUGGACAUUGAUGAUCUCCAUGUGACACGGAAUCAUCCAGAUCGCGGAAGAUCGGUCGAAACUAACCCCUUUGUCGCACCUGUUGACGAGCAGAAGUACAGGAGAGCCCUUCCACCUCUACCGACGGCCAAAAAGAUGAAUGAUGGUCUUGAUCAUCUUGAUAUCACAGAUUUGGGCGUAUUUAAUAUCCAGCCGCCUCCGCUUCUCGGAGCUCUACGAGAUUUUAGCAACCACAGUAGGUUUUCUGACAGUAUCGGGAGCUCAUAUUCGGAUGGCAACUAUGCAUUCAAUGGAACAAGUACAAGGCGUAAUAGUUUCGGAUCCUUACUAGGUGGUAAACCUUUGGACCAAGUUCCGAGCAUAACUGCACCAACACAACCGUUUUCGAUUGAUUCGCUCGACGAAAAUAAGUUGUACCAAUGCUACAGCGUAUAUCGCCUGUCAGACAUCUACGAGUGGAUUUUGAAAGUUUACUUUGAGUGGUUUAAUGAAUACAUUUUUGGUAAGAUAGAGUUCUUUCAAAUGGUUCAGCUACUGUUGGAGUUUCAGAUGCCCAAGAGCUUUGACCAAGAUACCAUUGAUUCCAAUGUUGAUAGGAUCAUUGAGUCUCUGGUUGUCCAGAAAGCCGUACGAUUCGAACAAGAUGAUCAAGCAGAGAUUACUAUUAUUGUGGGUGGGCUCGAUGUUAGUGGUAUUUUCACUCAAUUGCUUCCUUGCUACUCUUUCCUAGAUACGGCGUAUGCGCCCGCCGAUAUCUCGUCAUGCUAUUCCUUUACUUGUGUUAGUAGGCUGCCUCAUGAAAGACAAGAGAUCAAAUUAUCAGAGUUAAUCAAUAAGUCUGUGGGACUCUGGACAGAUUAUUGGAAAUUAACACCGGAAGACAUCUCCGAAAUAAACCCGCAAGAGGUCCAGAGACAGAGCUUUAUCUUUGAUCUAAUUAUACUGGAGGAAAGGUCGUUGAAUAUGGCUAGUGCUGCUGUGGAAAUAUACGGUAAAAAAUUCGUUCCAACUCUUCUUCCUGAUGAUCCUGAUUUUGCUAGAUGUGCGUUUGAUAUUUUCGAACCUUUAAUUAAACUGCACAAAGACUUUCUUCUAACACCAAUAUUGUGGAAGCUGAAGACCCGAGGAAAGUUCAUCGAUGGCGUAGGGAAGAUAUACCUAAGAUGGUGCAAUGAAGCCCGAGAAAUAUACUUGAAAUAUGCGGUUGACAUGGCAACUGUCCACUCAGUCAUUAUUUGGGAAAAGGAACAUCAAACAAAAUUUGCCGAGUGGCUAAAAGAGAUUGACAAUUCGCCUGAGAUUAGUCGCUCUAAGAUGUACCACGAUGUAAUCUUUUUCGGAGGCUUUUUUAAAUCACUCCAAAAUUUGCCUAUAACGCUAAACUCGAUUUUAAAGAACACCCAGCCUUCAUCGGAGGAUUAUGAAUAUCUGAAGCUUGUCAUUGAGGCAGUGGAGAAACUUGGUGCAGAUGUCGAUCGAGCUCAUGGACAUGCCAUUGAUCGCCGUGCGCUAGUCAGAUUUUCUAAGCAGCUUGUGUUCAGAAGUAGCGGAAGCAGUAACACGGUUGGCUAUGUUAAUGUCGCUCAAAGCCCAGAUGAAGAGGACGUGAUUGCAGGGCAAGAUAAAUUAGAUCUCGGACUGGCGAAACCAGAACGAAAAAUUCUCAUGUCUGGAAUGGUUUUAAAAAAAAGAGAGCUCUGGUUGGAUCCUGUCCCUAUGUUCAUCGUUCUCCUGGAUAACUACUUCUUGAUCACGGAACCGGUUAUCAAAGGCAACCAGAAGAGGUAUAAACUGGCUGAAAGACCUAUACCAAUCGAUUAUUUAAGCUUGGAGGAAAGAAGAAAACUCGAAAACGCUCAAAGCUCUGGUAGCAGUUUAAGAGAAUUGACUCCACGAGAUAACACUUCGCUUAUGUCUCCUAUGAGUGGUAUUAGACCGAACCUCAUUAGUGCGGCAAGCUCAGUAUCAAAGUCGAUAUACAACCCAGGGACUAACGAUAAGCGAUCAGACUAUACUGGUAUAUCGAACGCAAACCCUGAAACUGCCGAGGCCUCCUUUAAAAUCAGGAAUACAGCAACGAAUGAAUCGUUUACUUUUGUGACAAUUACCUUGGAAGAAUGUCAAGCAUGGAAGCAUGCUUUGAUUGACAGUUUUGGUCGAUCAAGCGUUGCUAAAAGUGGCACAGGCUUCCAGUUGCAAGUUCUGAGUACCCAGUUCGCGUACGUGGAGAGGGAUGCACCUGUAAAUUUACCGGUGGCUCCUGAAGGUUCAGAAAUUGACAUUGCAUUGAGGAACUAUGAAAAACGAUUUGGCAUGCUUUUAACUUCGCUUCAUGCAGUGCCAACAAUCCUUUUCUGCUCAGUUUCUCUGCAACUGGAAGACAAGUUAUUCCUCUUCUUGGCAACUAAUAAAGGUGUUCUGUUGAGGAACGAAGCAGAUGAAGACCAAAAUUUUGUGAGAAUUCUCCAGACGAACGGUGUUAAAAAGAUGGAGGUCAAUAUUAAACUUGGUCUUCUCUUUGUUCUUGACAACAAGGUCCUCUGCUAUUUUUCUUUAUCGAGCCUUAUCGCAGCCUACUACGACAGCAAAGGAGACUCCAAGAUGGAUCACCUGGUUGGGGUUGUCAUAAGCGACAAAGUUGAUUGCUUCAAGUUUGCCAACGAUUUCGGAAACUCCAGGCAACUACUCUAUCAGAGAAAGAGUCGCAUUUAUCUUUUGACGCCAGAAUACGAUGGGAUUACAAAACUGCUCAAGUAUUUUAAACUAUACAAAGAGUACAAGCUGCCCGCAUUUGCAUCUGGCCUGACCUCGACAGAGGUCGAUGAGAUUAUUGUAUUCAAAAAGAGUUUUGUUGUCUGUGCUUCCAAGGCUGCUGUCUUGUACCACGAUGCAUUCAACGACGAUGGACUCGCGCUACCCAAUUUCAUGAACGAUGAGGCUGUAUUGACUUUCCUGAAGCACUCUUAUCUGACUUCCAAUCCGUUCAGAACCGCAAUGGAAUCCUCUUCCAAAAAGAACUCCUCGAAGCAAAAAAUGGCCGAAUAUGUAAAGAAAGAUAUUGCUACAAGCAAAACAAGGCCCAUCGCGUGCUUUCGAAUUACAGGUUCAGACGAAUUCUUUAUUGUUUACGAUGAGGCCGUCAUAAAGAUUAACCGGCAGGGCCAAAUAGCGGAUUGGAAACUAAACAUCUUAGUUCUGGAUUUCUGCUGCACCGGAGCCGCAUUCUACAGUGGUUGUCUAAUACUGGUUGGUGACAGUCUGGUGCAAGUUUACAAAGUUGCCGAGUCAGACGUUCCUCUGAGCAGGUUGGUUCCGAUACAGAUUAUCAAGGGCAAGAAAGUCAAGUUGAUCAACUCUGACAAAACUGGCGAGCCUAUCGUGGCUUUGAGUCAUCCAAACAUCGCAAAUAGACAACUACUCAUGGCCCUAAGGCCGCAGUAA